AUUUAACAGAGAGAAACCGCCGGGUACUAAAUUUAACAGGUGGUUUGUGAAGCUGCUUUUGCGUUGCACAUGAUUCUGAAACGUUUGAAAUUCAGAGGAUUGACAGCAGUGAACGUCAAAAAAUUCCCAAACAGUAUUGAGAUUCUGUGAAUUUAUAACGUGGAAUUUAGAAUCAUAAUGAGUUCAGACGUUUUGUCUUUGAACCAAAAUGUAUGGGAUAGUGACCCAGAGUUAUUUGAACUCAUCCAGAAGGAGAAAAAACGGCAGUUACAUGGCCUGGAAAUGAUUGCUUCAGAAAACUUCACAUCUCUUCCUGUUCUACAGUGCUUGAGUUCAUGUCUGCAUAACAAAUAUUCAGAAGGUCUUCCAGGACAGAGAUAUUAUGGUGGCAAUGAAUUCAUUGAUGAAAUUGAACUGCUAUGUCAGAAGAGGGCACUGGAGUUGUACCGUCUUGACCCUGCAGAGUGGGGUGUCAAUGUCCAGCCAUAUUCUGGAUCUCCAGCAAAUCUAGCUGUGUAUACAGCUAUAGUAGAGCCACAUGGGAGAAUCAUGGGUCUCGAUCUUCCGGAUGGUGGUCAUCUCACUCAUGGCUUUAUGACAGCCACUAAGAAAAUAUCUGCAACUUCAAUUUUCUUUGAGUCAAUGCCUUACAAGGUUGACCCCAAUACAGGCCUAAUUAACUAUGACAACCUGGCGCAGUCUGCAAAGCUCUUCAAACCUAAACUUAUAAUUGCUGGUAUCAGUUGUUAUUCUCGAUGCUUGGAUUAUAAACGUUUCCGUGAAAUAGCUGAUGAGAACGGCGCAUACCUCUUUUCUGAUAUGGCACAUGUUUCUGGUCUGGUAGCUGCUGGAAUUAUUCCCAGUCCCUUUGAAUACAGUGACAUUGUCAGCACAACCACACACAAGACACUUCGUGGGCCUCGUGCUGCCAUGAUAUUCUUCAGGAAGGGUGUGAGGUCUGUGAAUAAGGCAGGUGAGAAAGUCGUGUAUGAUUUGGAGAAUAAGAUCAACCAAGCUGUAUUCCCUGGGCUGCAGGGUGGACCACACAAUAAUGCCAUUGCAGGUAUUGCUACUGCCUUGCGGCAAGCAAUGACACCUGAGUUUCGCAACUACCAGGAGCAGGUUGUUUCUAAUGCACAAAGACUCUGUGAUGGUCUGCAAAAAUGUGGAUACAAAGUUGUAACUGGUGGAACAGAUGUACAUCUUGUCUUGGUAGACUUACGAUCAGCUGGUAUAACAGGUGCACGAGCAGAGAAAAUCCUGGAGGAUAUUUCUAUUGCCUGUAACAAAAACACAGUUCCAGGAGAUAAGAGUGCAUUGAAUCCAAGUGGAAUUCGUCUGGGCACUCCAGCACUCACAACAAGAGGCCUCAAGGAGCAGGAUAUUGACAAAGUGGUGGAAUUCAUACACAGAGGCCUCCAGUUGUCAAAGAUGGUGACAAAAGUCUCAGGACCAAAACUGGUUGACUUCAAGCGUGUCCUGAAAGAAGAUGAUACCUUCUUACAGAAGGUGAAUCAACUGCGUAAAGAAGUUGAUGCAUUCUCUCAGACAUUUCCCUUGCCAGGUUAUCCUGACUACUAAGACGUAUAUUAUCCUUCACAGAAGUUACUCAAAGAUUGGGAGAACUAUGUCAGUUCCCAAACAUGUGAGUGCAAACAUUCCUUAAGGUUGUCAGUGCUUCCUGAUGGAAAUAAUGUAUUUGUUCAAAUAGCAUGCAAACUUUUGUAAAAUUCCUGCAUGAGAUGUCAUAUUUGAGGACAAGAUUUGGGUAGCACUAAAUGCUAUAUCAGCUGUUAGGCAGAGCAGGAAGCUUGACCUUCAAAAAUUCUCACUUUCUUGUAACAGGCAAGAGUGGGGAUAUUUUGUUAAUUAUUGUUGAAUCACUGCAAUGUAGUUCUUGUUAUAGCCUGUGUAACAUUCUCAGCCACAGAUAAGAACAGCUGUUGGAAAUGAAUAAAUGAAAGUAACUAAACAUAUGCUGAGAAACCAACAUUUUAUGAGAUGCAGAAAAAAAGGGAAUUACACUGCGGUCAGAAAGUCUGAUGUGUGUGAAAAUUAUAUCCAAGACUAGGAAAAGAAUGGUCAUUUUAUACAAAGUAGUAGUCACCAGUUGGGUUAGUUAUUUUUGGUACACUGGCAAUGACGAGAUCAAUCCAAAGAGCAUUGAAGCAUACCAGUAUUUGUAAGUACAGUAUCAUAUUCUUAUGACUUUUUAAUUUUAUUUCCAUUCUGUUAGCCAUUGCACAUGUUUUUAUAGGUGGUUGUUUUUGGUCCUUAGUACUAGUAUAAUUCAAACAAAUUUUCAAGGGUGCUUGGUAUUUGGAAAAGUAUGGUAAGUUUCUGUCCAGUUACAACUUUGGAUUUUUAAAUGUUUUUAAUUCUUUUUUAUGUGUUUCAAACUUACUCAUCUUUUUUAUCCAUAUAUUGUGGCAUGUCUACUAUGUAAUAUUCAUUAUAUAAAAACACAUUGAUAUUAUAGCA